CAAGUAUAAAAUGAUCCCCCUGGGCCAGGAAGACCUUUUAGUGUUGAUGUGGGCUCUGUGUUGUCUGUAGAGUCUCGCCCUUUAUUCCUUAGACCUGUCGCUUUGUCAGUUUCCUCGUCUGUAGUUGGAGUGAUGGAACGACCACCCCAUAGGGCGGCUGUGAGAGUUGAGAUGGAACCCUUGGGCUAGCACUCAUUCUUCCUGGCGUAGAGCCAGUACAGGGGCCUAGCCCUCCCUCCCUACACACCAACGAUCUCAAACUCUGGGGGACCAGCAGCAACUUCAGGCCUGAGCUGGUAACAGCUUCCUGACCCUGGGGAGUCAGCAUCCCUUGCUGAUUUCCCUUCACUCUGCCCAUGACUCCUCAGUUGUACCUCUCAUGGCUGCUAUCUGUGACUAAUACAGGAGGAGUUGGCAGUGAGCUGUGGGCUGCACUGGCCUCAGCCAGACUUCCUGGCCAAGCUCAGGAGGAGAGAUGCCCUGGACUGUCCUGCUCUUUGCAGCCGGCUCCUUGGCCAUCCCAGCACCAUCCAUCCUGCUGGUGCCCCCACACCCCAGCAGCCAAGAGGACCCCAUCCACAUCGCCUGUGUAGCCCCCGGGGGCUUCCCAGGGGCAAAUUUCACGCUGUACCGUGGCAGGCAGGUGGUACAGCUCCUGCAGGCCCCCGCGGACCAGCUGAGCGUCACCUUCAACUUGACCGGAGGAGGCAGGGAGGCUCCGGGGGGCACAUUUCACUGCCAGUACGAGGUUCUAGGUGAACAGCCGCAGCUGUCCGACCUCAGUGACACUGUGAGUGUCUCCUUCCCAGUGCCCACUUGGAUACUGGCACUCUCCUUGAGUCUGGCUGGAGCUCUCCUUCUCCUUGCUGGGCUGGUGACCAUUGCUGUGGUGGUCAGGAGAGUGAAAGUAAAAAAAAUGCAGAAGAAAAGAGAGCGAGAAUCCUGCUGGGCCCAGAUCAACUUCGCCACCACAGAUAUGACCUUUGACAAUUCCCUGUUUGCCAUCUCUACGAAAAUGAAUCCAGAAGAUCCAGCCACGCUGGAUGCUUGCUCGGGCUCCGUCGAGACACCUGGCAACUCCGGGCCCCGGAAAAGGCCCACUUCCACAUCUUCCUCGCCCGAGCCCCCCGAAUUCAGCACUUUCCGGGCCUGCCAGUGAGGCUGAGGAUCGGGGGCCCCUCUGUGUCUGUGCACUCUCCAUUCAGCCCCCUGUCUUGAGGGCCUGAGGUUGCUCUAGCUACUUUGGGGUUUCUGGCUGCUGCUUUCUCAGGGAAUUGAAUAGAGGAGACCAAGAGAAUCCUUGGCCUUGGGACCUUCCUCGACAGAGGAGCAGGAGUGGCAGAGGGGUCGCCCACAUUGUCCUGGAAGCUGGACAGAAAGUGGGAGCACUCUUUGGAUUCUACCCAGGGAGGAGAUGUUAGGAUCCCUGUGGCUCUCAGCUGGGCCAUAAGAGGUCUGAAUUCUCUGCACACCCUUCCAGUUUCCUCCUCCUCCUGCGGCGUCUGACUCGACCAGCCCAACUGGGUUUUUGGAGCAUAGGGUACCUGGGGGUAUGUUCUGUAUGUCUGUCCUACUGGCAUGCCUAAGUUAUUAAUUAUAACACGUGUUGAGCUG